UGUGAUUUUUAGUAGAUCCAGAGACGUCUCUGGUAGAUCGCCUAACCUCAAAUCCGCCAGGGGUUUGUUUACUUUGGGGGAAUCUUUUCAAUGUCUCCUGUCUUGGAGCCUCAAUGAGUUACAGUCUGAGCGGCUGUAGGUUUGUUAUCUGGAGUGGGCUGUAUGUUCUAGAAAAACUCCGGCCUCUCGUAAUGGAGAACUUAGUGCCUUCACAGGUCACCAAGCUGCUGAACAGAUUGACGGAUGCCGAACGCCAAGCGAAGCUUUUGCAGACGGAAAUUCAGGACAUUCGGACCCAAAUUGCUGCUCUAACGCAUUCCACCAAAAGCAUUCUCGCAAAUAAAGCUUCAACUGUGCUUUUGAGUGGGUUUCAUAGCGAAGCAGUGACAUCUAAAAGACCUCGGGAAGAGCCCCAUUCGAUUACUGCGAGCCAGGCAAAGCGGCCCAGAGACGCACCACCCAUAGAAGAUGGGUAUGUGGUGGUUUAUACGGACGGGGCCUGUGAAAACAACGGCAAGCCAAACGCCAAGGCCGGAGUCGGCGCGUGGUUCAGCGACGGAAACCCCAUGAACAUUUCCGAGCCGGUUGUGGGCCGACCGACCAACAACACGGCCGAGAUUCAGGCGCCGAUAGAAGCCCUCAAGCUGCUCAAAUCCCAGGGUUUCAAGAAGGUGAAAAUAUUCACCGAUUCACAGUUCACCAUCAAUUGCAUCACCAAGUGGAUCCACAAAUGGAAGAAGAACCAGUGGAAACUGGCCAAUGGCGGACCGGUGAAGAACAAGGAGGACUUGGUGCAGCUGGACGCGCUUUGCCAGCAGUUUCUGGACAUUAAAUGGGAGUACUGUGCAGGCCAUAAGGGGAUCAAGGGGAAUGAAGAGGCGGAUAGACUGGCGCGAGAAGGAGCUCUGAGGUAUAGGCCGUCUUAAUAAACUUAGUAAAAUUAG